AUGGACAGUACAGAUCAUAGCAACGGCGACGACGUCUUGUUCGAUUCAAUGUCCGACCAGGUUGCCGAUUCUGAUCUUCCUCAAAGGAUUUUUAGUCCUGAACAAGUGCCCAUGGAAGAUCGUGUCAACAUUUACCAGAAGAUGACCAUCAUCAGCGACAUAGAUGCCGCUUUGAACCAGUCUGAGAGAGAAUUCUUGAAAACAUCUCAGUUCGGAAAACUGUUCGACUUCGCACAUCAGCCGGCGUGGUCCGGCGCAUUUAGACUGUUUGCUUUAACCAGAUUGUUAGACGUUAAGAAGGAGAACGAGAUUUGGUUGGUGUUUGCAGGAAAACCAAUAAGAUUUUCAAUUAGAGAGUUCAAGAUUGUAUCCGGAUUGAAUUGUGGGAAAUAUCCGUCGACACAGAAGAAAAAAAGAAGACCUCAUGUUGUACCAGAGUUUUUCAAGACACUAUUUGGCGACGAGAAGGAAGUCCCUGUUGAACGGCCCAUCGAGAUUGUGCAGAAAAAAACUGCUCUGGAUUCCCAGCUGAGGCUGUGUUACGCGUGCCUUGCAAUAGUGGAUGCAUUUCUCGUCCCUUCAGUUCAUUUUAGUCGUUCUAAGGUGAGCAUGGAUCAUGCCGAGAUGGUUGAAGACCUAGAUGCAUUUCUUCAAUACCCAUGGGGAAGGUUAUCAUUCGAUGUGAUGAUGAAUUCUAUAAAAGGUAGGAAUUUAUCUCAGAUUCUGACUGCGACAAUUACUGUGGGGGGACUAUUUCCAGCUUUACAAAUGGUGGUUUUAGAAGCAGUUCCGUCCAUUCAAGACGAUGAUGAAUCUUCUGAUGAUGAGGUAAGUAGUCCUUCACGGGUUGCAUCUCGUGGUCGUCCCCAGAAAGUUCAGCUACAACUUAACAAAGCGAGGGUGCUCGACGAAGAGGAGAAGAUAGACAUGGUGGAACCCGACAAAAAUUUUGAAUUCGACAAUGAGCAAGAGGAUCUGUCUUGGAGUGAAGACGAACCGGAUGAGAGGGUUGAUCAUAUGAAUACGCUUAUCAACCAAGGAUUUGAAUUUAAGUCUAACAUGUUUGGUCCUGGUCUUGAUCCUGAAUCGUUAGUGGCCCGAACAAGUUCUCGCAGGGGUGGUCAAAAAGCAAAGGUAGCGGCAGCAAAGAAAGGCAGGGGUAAGAUGAGAAAGUCUAGUAGACGUCGUACAACCGCAACGGUGGCGCCUACCAAUGAGAAAGUAGUGGGUCUCACGGAGGAGAAAAUGAAGGCACUCGUUUUAAAGAUUGUUCAGGACAACAACAGGAAGAUUGAACGAUUGUUAGCAGAUAAAAAUCAGACAAUCAUCAACAGUAUAACUCAGUGGUUUCUUGAUAACGCAGUUAUCGAUCGCGAAAUGAAUGCUGGUCCAUCUUUCUCGGGGUUAAGCGCUGGGAGAACGAGGUCUCGGCAGCAACAGGCUGCGCCUAGUGGCAACCGGUUGCUUCACCACCAAAUGUCCCUCAACACCGAGUAA